AUGAGCGCUCCGGAGCCUUUGGUGCUUCAAGCACUACAGGGCUACACUGAGCAGAGCGACAAGUGGCCAGGACCUAGGGCUGUUAAAAUCUAUGUAGCGUCUGUUUACAAUGAUUUUCGAGAGGAGAGACGUCAGAUUCUUGAAUUAGUGGGCCCUGAAUUACAAACUACGUACGAUGACCGGUAUAUUGAGUUCGAAUUCGUGGACAUGCAUUAUGGCGCUGACGGUGGGGACGAGACCAACCCCGCGUUGCUACGGUACUAUCUGGAUGAAAUACGCUGCUGUAACAUGACUUCGAAAGCGGGAUAUUUUCUGUGUUUUAUUGGAGGUGAUGCGUCAAGUUACCAGCCAGUACUGCCAUUUAAGAUCAAGGCAGAAAUUUUUGAACAAUUGAUCAAAUCGGACUCAGCUCAAACAAAACUCAUAAGGACUUGCUAUAAACUGAAUGGUGAUGGCAUGUAUCAUUUGGAGGGUGAAGAGAAAUGGUACAGUGAUUUAAUAGAACGGGAAGAACAACGGAAGCGGCUAACGACAGUUCAAAAAGUUUUUAAUACGUUAGCUCUUGAAGCGCUAGAAGAGGGAGCAAACGUUAUCGAACUGCUGCGAAGUGCUGUCGAAGUGCAAUGCGAAACCGCACUUGAAUUACUAAAAAAUGGAAAACAUCCGAAAGGUCUUAUUGCUGUGUUGCGAGACAUUCCAGAUUUGGAACCAGAUGACUCCAAACUAACAGUAUUAGCUCAUCAAAGAUUAAAAAAGUUACAGAAGAAGUUAGAAGAUCUAUUACCGGAAACGCACGUUAUUAGGCUAGAAGCAAUAUCAGCAGAUUCAUCUCGGACAGACGCAGCAUCGGAUACGGAAGAGAAACUAUCUCCAUUCAGAGAUGGCGUACAGACUGUAGUGAGUUCGCUGGUCGAUGACAGCCUCAGUACUGAACCUGAUCAGGGUAAAGGAAGGAAAAAGACUGUCCAGGAAGUAUUUCUGGAACACAUAACCCAUCUUAGAAUUUGUAUAGAACAUAAUCGUUUAAAUAGCGUUAGUGAUAAGCAAAUUGAAGACGCUGCUAAGAAUAUAUUAGAUAACGCAAAAGAAAACUACCAAAGCAAAUCACGACAUCCCCCCGUCUUGAUAUACGGACCUGAUGCUUCCGGCAAAAGUACCUUGCUGACUCAUCUAUACUUCAAAUUCGAAGAGAUAUUUUCUAAGCCUGUGUUGAGAAUAAUACGGUUUUCCGCGUCCACGCCAAGAUCGGCCUACAAUUUGGAACUAUUGAGAGUGAUGUGCCAACAAAUAUCUAUAAUCUUGAACAUUCCCGAAGGCUAUCUGCCAAAAGACGCGAGUUUCGAUCCCUUAUACAUAAAUAAUUGGUUUCAAAGUUUGCUCAAACGAUGUGAGGAUAUGGAGAAUGAAGUCUUGCUAAUUUUUAUCGACAACGUGCACAGAGUUAACCCUUUAGAAUGUGAUAUUGUGACUGGACUGUCUUGGCUCCCAAUGUCAUUGCCAAGAAACGUGUUCCUAGUAUGUACUAGCUCGGUAUCGUUGGAACAACUACAAUUAACGCCAGCUCAAAAAGAAAAGUUUAAAGUUCAAAACUGUUACUACUUGUUGGACGCGAUCGAAGAAACACCAGAUAAUAAUAGCUCUGGAGAUUUUAUUGACGGUGCCUUUGAUAAUUUAGAAGUUGUCUUCGGUUCCAAAGCAUUUAGCAAAUUGGCUGGUUAUUUAACUUGUUCGGAAUUCGGUUUGACGGAGCUGGAGCUUUUGGAACUUUUGAUGCCAACCAGUAAUAGUGAGGCUGUUAUUACACUUAAGGAUGCGAAUUUCAACUUCUCUACAUUGUGUGUCGCCAAAUAUAUGAUGAAAUCAAUUAUCGCCGAGAACGUAGUAUCGGGUCGUAGUACAUGGCGGUGGCGUGCUGCGGCGGCCAGCUCGCGUGCUCGGAGACGAUACGUGCGCGUGCAAAGCGCACUACGAGAUGCUCACUCUGAUCUUGCCGCUUUACACUUUGCCAACUUUCUCAACGAUCCAGAUGACACAGAUACAUCUGAAACUCAAGAACCAGGUUGUGUAGACGACGACGACGCCCUCUUAGACUCUACUCCGUUUCACUCUGCAAGCAGAACAGCUGCCGCCUUUACACAACGUCACGUCGAAGAGUCCUGGCUUCAUCUCUUAUUGGCGGGGGAUUUCUCUAAACUUAAAGACCUGACUGUCUGUAAUUUCGACUUUUUACUAGCAGCUGUACAAACAGUGACGAUAUCGUAUCUGCGGUGCAUUCUGGAGCACGUGCGCUGUUACAUUCUAGACCGGGACGUAGAACUUGUGUAUGGCGCGGUUAGGAAGUCCAGUGACAUCCUCACAAGAGACCCUAUGCAAUUGGGCGCUCAGAUAAUAGCGUGGCUGCGGCCAGCUGUGGCUAGAAGAGGUGUUCUCGCAACUCUCGUCACUGCUGCUAUGGCGUGGUGUGAUGGAUAUGACAAGCCUCUGCUCGUACCACUAAAUGGAUGGUUACAUCCACCGAUAGCGUCAACGGUCCGUGUGGUGUCCGUAGGGGGUUCAACCCCAGGUGCUGGGGUCCGACUUCUGCAACUCGCACCCUCUGGACAACAUCUGGUAUUAGCUCCUUCGGCUGGAGACCCGCAGUUAUGGCAUGUCAUGUCAAACUCCAAAGUACACACUUUUAAAGGUCACUCCGGCCGGAUAUUGUGUAUGUGCGUCACGCGCGAAUCACAAUACCUGCUCACCGGCUCCGAAGAUACGAGCGUCAUUGUGUGGGACUUACACACUUUAGCUAUUAAGACGAAAAUCUUGGAACACAUAGCUCCUGUACUUUGUGUAGCGGCAAUAGUAAACCGCUCCUUGGUUAUUAGUGGGGGUGAAGACUCCGCUGUCAUUGUCACAUCACUAGUUGAUGGGGCUUUGGUAACAAAACUUGAUCAUCAUCGAGGUCCUAUAACGACACUCAAAGUGAUCCUAGACGGUGAUAUCUUAGUGACAUGUUCCCAAGACGGCACAGUAUGUACAUGGAAUGUAGAUAAUUUUACUCUACUAAGCACUGUGUCGGCCGGAGUUCCUGUACACGCAAUGGAAGUCACUGAAGACAAUGUAUUCUUGGUCACAUUACAGGGAGAAAAUGAAUUGCAUAUACGAACAUUUAUAACUGGGACCUACUUGCAUGUAUUGAAGCGGCAUAAAGCUAAGGUGAAAUGUUUCUGUGUGGGACACGAUUCCUCUAGAGUGGCUGUUGGUUGCGCUGAUCAACGGAUUUAUAUAUACAGUUUGCACACUGCUCAGUUAUUACGUACUUUGGCGGCUGCUCAUGAUCUGGCUGCUUUAGCUAUUGCUGACAAGGAUCAUUUUCUGUUAGCUGCUGGUGGCAAUAGAGUGACUAUAUAUUCAUUCCACACUGAGGAUAACUUGACAAACUUUAGGCCAACGAAACAGAUGAAACGACGGCAAACAAAAUCAACAACAAACGUUACGUUAUUACAGGCGGAACAAAGUGAGUUAAUCCCGAUUAGUUGUUUAGAAGUGUCCAGGGACGGUCAGCUCGCGGCCAGCGGGUGUGCCCGCGGUUUGGUCCGAGUUUGGCAACUUUCCACCCACCGCCUACAAGCAACGUUUAGUGGACACAUGGGCCACAUCACUUGUGUCACUUUUAGUCCGAAUAAUCUAUUGGUACUCAGUGGUUCGGAAGAUAGGACUGUUGUUGUGUGGCAAUUGGAUGAUAAUUCACCAUCUCGCACUUAUAAGGGUCAUCAAUCGGCCCUACAAACUCUCCUCAUGAUGUCUGACGGUCGUCGCGCGAUGUCCGGAGACCGCGCGCGCAACGUUCACGUGUGGCUCGUGGACUCCGGCAUAGUGCUGCACUCGGUCACAGCGCCCAGCACUAGCGUUGAUGUUACACUCAAUAUGAAGUACUCGGUCCUUUCUGACGGAGACAACUCAGUCCGCAUCUGGGCUUUAGCCGAAGGGGACAGUGGGGAGGAAAAGCGUUCCAUAUCUCAUGCGGAACGAGUCACGUGCUUUGCUUUGACAGCAGACUCCCAACAUGUUGUUACCGGCUCGAUGGAUAUGUCACUUAAAGUCUGGCAACUACACGGUGGAAAAUUAUCCCAGGUUCUAGUGGGCCACUCGGAUAUAGUAACGUGUGUUGCCGUGUCAAUAACAAACAAAACUCAAGUAGUAUCGGGAUCAUGGGAUUACAAUUUGAUCGUAUGGGAUAUAAAUACCGGCUCUGAUGUUCAUUUAUUAUCGGGACACUUGGGUAAAGUCACAUGUGUAAAAGUCACUGGAGACGGAUCUAUUGCAGUUUCUGGUGCGGAAGACAAAACCCUUAUUAUUUGGGAAACAAAACGAGGCUUAGCACUGACUUCUCUUUCACUGCACGUUCCUCUUCUGGGCUUUCAAAUAACCAGUGACUGUUCAAGAAUUGUCGUACAUCUUUUGGAUAGAGGUUGCUUGCCGAUUAUCUGCCUACACAAUACGCCGGCAACCUACGUCAAGAUACCGACCUACGCUGCACCUACUAAGGAUGUCGAUGAAUUGCGACCGCUAGCGCCAAAGCGUCCAAUGAAGAGAUUACUAAAGAAGGAAGUAUCGUUAGACACAUACACGUGGCAGAAGAAAUACGGUCAUCUUACUUCAGCAGCUAUGAUGGCACAAGUGGACGAACGUUUGAAACGACGGUUUUCGGUAUCAGCAUCAAUGGAAGAAAUAUCAAAAAUACAAGAGGCGAAAAAUAAAGACUUAGGCUCGCAGGUGAGCCUCGGCCCCGAGCAGGCCGCCAUAGCGCAAUCUCAACACUUCGAUCAACUGGAAGCCCUGUGGAACAAAAUUUCUCCGCCGCGACGACGUUCCAAUAAGUCCCUUUCUAAGCAAAGUUCUCUGAUAGAGAAAGUGGAUUCGUCUGACGAAGAUCAUACUCCAGUCGAAGAACAAGAACACAUGGUGGAG